AUGUCUGAAUACGCUAAAUUUGUUAUAGCCAUUUCUUGGGCUUCAUCUUUGGUAUUUUAUAAUGCACGUGGAGCUCCUUUAACUUUUCGUAAAAGGCUCAACGAAGAUGAGAAAAAGAUGGUGGCUUGUUGUCAUAUGAUGAUCGUAUAUGCUCUUUUGAGAUGGAUGAAACAUAAGUCUUUGCCUUCACCUCACAAUACAACACUUCCACCUUUUUUAAAGUUUAUACCAAAUUUAUUACUAUUUUAUAUACCAACAUUAUUCUUAGAAGAAUUUAUUCAUUUUCUCCUUUUACGACAUUUUGUAAAUAUUCGUAAUUCAUUAAGUUUUACCAUAAGAGGACAUGAAAAUAAUGAAAUAUUUGAUGAAAAUGAUUUAGGAAUUUUAGAAAAUUAUUGUAAAUUUCCUCAUCAUGUCGCUCAUCGUCCAUGUAUGUUUCGUUGGUAUACUAUGGGAAUAACCCGAACUCUCGCUUUACAACAUUUAAGAUUAUCACAGAUUAGAUUAUUAAGAAUUAAACCAACCUGUCCAAGUUGUAGAGGAAAAUUAAUUUUAGAAAUUUUACAAAAAGAUUUAUUAGAUAAAGAAGAAAAGAAGAAAAAAUUUAUUGAAAAUAGAAGAUGGAAAAGUAAAUUUAAAAUAUUGAUAAAAGAAUGGCGUAACGUGAUGAAUUGGAAAUGGAUAAUAAUGAGAAGUGAAGUUACAUUGAUUUUUAUUUUAAUUGUUUGGAGAAUUUUAAAAUGGAGAGAAACAAUAAUGCAAAGAAAUCAAACUAUUUUACGAAAAUCUGGAGUAAUUUGGGAAUGA